AGGCGGAUCUGGGACACAUGACAGGUCCCAGAGGACUACAGGACCAUUCACAAGGCGCAGCACUACUCGCGCAUGCGCAGUAGGCACACAUCUGUGAAACCGCAAGUGCUUACAACCGGGUGUCCACACUUAAGUUGCUGGUGCUGGGGAAAGGGGACGGGCAGUGAAAUGGUUGCGUUGAGGACACUGCUGGACCAAGUGACAGUAAGAUCGGGUACCUGUCAAAUUCAGGUACCCGCUCCCCCCCCUCCCCAAAGGUCAGCAGUCAUCUCUUGUACUGUCCGCAGUCUCUGGUCAUCACCUGUACUAUGUCCGCAG